CCUUAGUGUAGGGAGACACUGUCCUCCUUCGCACCUUCUUAGUCUCCCCUUUACCCCUCCCUCCGCAACCCUCGCCCUCCUUUCCCUCCAGACACUCCUCUCUCUGGGGAAGAAGCAAGCCCACCCCUCUGAGCAGCCUCACAACCCAGCUCUUCUUCUAACUAAGACCUUCAUCCCUUUGCCCCUGGCCUCUGGUUCCUCUCAGAAAGAAAAAGCCUUUAUUAUUCUCAAAUACUGUAACCCCCACUCCUUCCCCCUCCGUUCCCUCCUCAGCAGGGGAGUGUGUUGUCUGUGGUUUAUUUGUCUGGAAGGAGGCGUGUGAAGAAGCAACUCCCAGCUAACUUGCAAUACUAUAUAUAUAUAUAUAUAUAUUAACUUGCAAUACUUUUGAACAUGCAAACUAUAUAGUCAUUGAGUUGUGGUGGAGGGAGAGAUAGUCUUGGUAAAACUCCUCUGUUGUGUUGUGUGUUUGUGUGUCCUUUAACCCCUGUGCUCCCCUGCCUUGGUUUCCUUGCCUUCCUGUAACACAAUUCUCUUUCCUGUCUGGUGCUGUUUCUUUUUUUCUUUUUGCCCUCUCAGAAACCCUUUCUGGGCACUUUUCCUUUCCCUCUGGAAAACUCUUACUGAGACUGCCUCCCCUUUUCCACUUUCUCCCUUUCCUUGUUUCAUAUUAACAGGCUUCAUUGCUUGCAUUUUUUGCUUUUCCCACUCUGGAGCCACUAACUCCUUCCCCCUCUGUUUGGGUUUGGAAACAGUACCCUGAAAUAACAGUUUCUUCAUUCCUCCUUCAUUCCCCCUCCUCUUUCAGCCUUCAAGCUUGCCAUCUCCUUUCCUUUUUAGGCUUCUUUAGCCAAACUUGUGUUUGCUUCUUCAGAGGCAGCUUCCGGAAGGGGGGCAUGUGAAAGACUAACUCACCACUAACUUGCAAUACUAUAUAGUUGCGAUACAUUUGAGCAUCUAAACUAUAGGGUCAUUGAGUUGUGGUGGGGGGAGACCUAGUCUUGGUAAACUCCUCUGCUCCCACUUUCCACCUCUCUGUGGGUGGAGAAUAGUAUUUGGAGAGAGAGGCUGAAGAGGAGGAUGCCAAGGAAACUGCUGUUACCUUAUAAAUCUGUUUUUUCUCACUCUCGAGUUCCGAGGGGUUUGCAUGAUUCCUUGGCAAUGAAUGCGGCCAGAAGUGGCUACCGGGUCUUCUCGGCAAACUCCACAGCAGCCUGCACAGAGCUGGCAAAGAGGAUCACAGAGCGUCUUGGGGCUGAACUUGGAAAAUCUGUGGUGUAUCAGGAAACUAAUGGAGAAACAAGGGUCGAAAUAAAAGAAUCUGUCCGAGGGCAGGAUGUGUUCAUCAUUCAGACAAUCCCCAGAGAUGUGAACACUGCAGUGAUGGAACUGUUGAUCAUGGCUUAUGCACUAAAGACAUCCUGCGCCCGAAAUAUCAUUGGGGUAAUUCCCUACUUCCCCUACAGCAAACAAAGCAAAAUGAGGAAGAGAGGCUCAAUAGUCUGCAAACUCCUUGCUUCCAUGUUGGCCAAAGCAGGUUUAACUCACAUCAUCACCAUGGAUCUUCAUCAGAAAGAAAUCCAGGGCUUUUUUAGUUUUCCUGUUGAUAACCUGAGGGCAUCACCUUUCUUACUUCAGUAUAUACAAGAAGAGAUUCCUGAUUACAGAAAUGCAGUAAUUGUAGCCAAGAGUCCUGAUGCUGCUAAGAGGGCCCAGUCUUAUGCUGAGCGGCUGCGGCUGGGACUAGCAGUCAUCCAUGGGGAGGCACAGUGUACAGAGCAAGACAUGGAUGAUGGACGACACUCACCUCCAACAGUAAAAAAUACAACAUUGCACACUGGUCUGGAGCUGCCCUUGAUGAUGGCCAAAGAGAAACCACCAAUAACAGUAGUUGGAGAUGUUGGAGGUAGAAUUGCCAUCAUUGUGGAUGACAUAAUUGAUGAUGUGGAAAGCUUUGUGGCAGCUGCAGAAAUCCUGAAAGAGCGUGGGGCUUACAAGAUCUUUGUUAUGGCCACUCAUGGGCUCUUGUCUGCAGAUGCUCCACGUUUGAUUGAAGAGUCAUCAAUUGAUGAGGUGGUGGUCACCAAUACAGUUCCUCAUGAAGUCCAGAAACUGCAGUGUCCUAAGAUAAAGACUGUGGAUAUUAGUUUGAUUCUGUCUGAAGCCAUCCGCCGAAUCCACAACGGGGAGUCCAUGGCUUAUCUCUUCCGCAAUAUUACAAUGGAUGAUUAGUUUCUUUUUGUCAUUCUGCCAUCUGGUUUCCUCAAACAGAAGAGAAGAAGAAAAUAUGCAUGAAGAAACAGUGCCAUAGUAUAUUGUUAUUUUGGGGGGAAGCUUUGUAAUGGGUCUGGUUGUUAGGGAGUGAUACCAUGUGAUCCAAGUAUCUAAAUUUCUGAACCAGCUAACGGGGCUGUUGGGUCAAGAUGCAAAUAGGCAUUAGAGUCUGUUAUAAAUUUAUCUGAAUGAUGACUGUGGUAGCCUUUUGCUCUUGUUAAGCAAACUGAUGUGUUACAGAAGAGUAACUUCAGUGAGGAUGAAUUUAGAGGCUUACUGUGCUUGUUAAGUUGAAGUAAGCUUCACAAAUACUUUAGGCAUAUAGGUACUCAACCUAUUUGGAUAAAAGUGUGUGUUUUCUUUUCCUACAUUGCUGGUAUGUGCAAUGCCCUUUUGUAAGCUUGGGAACCAUUCUGAAUCUCAUAGAUAUUCAAAGCUUUUUUCUGUGAUGUCAUCUACUAUUAGACUAAUUUGAUGGCAGCCAUGCUAAUUUGGGCAGCAAUAGUAUGACUUGAAAUGGUUCCAGAGUUGUAGCAGAAAAGAAAGUUCGACCUCUCCAUUUGUAGUUUACUAGGUUCCAAUCUUGCGUAGGUAGAACAAAAGAAAGUUGAGGGACUUCUUUGCUUCUUGCUACACUGAAUGUGUAAGAUUAAGUAUAGUCUAUUGAGAUUUGCUUCUGGUGGCACUUUAUGUUCACACAUGGCCCAAAAUCAAGGUAUGUAAUCCUGAAAUUACAAACAAAUUCAUGGAAUGCUUUCUUGUCAGUUACGCAGUUGUACUCUCUGAUGCAGAAUGGUUAGCCUAACAAAAUGGUCAUUACUAUUUCUUCUUUCAGUUAAAAUGAAAGUGGGGCUUUCAUCCUGCUUCCCACUGCAGUAUCUUUUCAAUGUUACAUGAAGAUGGCAUACAGAACUUUAUCCCUGUUUGAGACUAUCAUUUUAUGUCUCCUUGGAAGUGAAACUGUCUAACCUUUGCGCUGUGAUUAUUUUCUUCUCAGCACUUGCUCUUAUGAUGCCAGUGUUCCACUCAUAAAAUUCCCACUACCCUCCAUCAGAUCCUCUCUCUGUGUGGGACUUAGCAUCUACUCUCCAGUUUGCUGUCAGGUCAAUAUUUUCUGCUCAUUUAUAUGGAUGAAUAACAUAGGCAUAUGAUGGCAACAGUGUAACGUAUUUUCCCCAAGAUGAUUAUAUAGCUCAUGUUCUAAAAUCUGAGGAUAUUUCUAAAUUUUUAAAUAGAAUCACUUUGUGUAAUGUUUAUUCCAACUACACUUUUGUUAAAAAAAAAUUGAAGGUGCCAUUUUUGAUCAUCUGUGUCUACUGAAGGCUGCUGCACUCUGCCCAUGGAUAAUAUGGGUAAGGUAAAAUAAACCCAUGCAAGCUCCUGUUGCUGCUUGCCUUCCCCAGUAGAACAGCUAUUCAGAAAGGCAGAGCUAUCAUUGAGAGAGAGGCAGAGAACACAAAAUUUGGUGCUGGCUAUGCCGCUCCCUCCAAGGAGGUCUCUGCAACACAAUCUGGUCCAGAGGUUUUCUAGUCGUAAUCAUUGUGAUUUUGACAGUGAAGUCAUCUCUGCUUCGUUUGGUCACAACUUUUCCCUUUAGUAUUCUGUGUCCAGACUCCUAUAUCUUAACAAGUCAGUUGACAGAAGCAUUGUGUUAGGCAUACUCUCCCGAUUUUGGUACUGGAAUGAAAGAAGAAAAAAUACACUUGGUAUAAUCUUGCCCUUAAGAGUUGACUCAUGCAGAUAGGAACUCUGAUAACAUAUUUAUUUCCAGUUCUUCUCCAGCUUUUAAGCCCCUUGCCUGAGCACACAUCUUUUUACACCACUUCAUAUCUCUUGUUUGGAUUGUUUUUCCAAGCCCUGCUUUCUUCUUGGCUUCUUCUGCACAACCAUUCCCUAGCUUUUCAGUCCACUGUUUUCCCUUCUAGCAUCAAUGCCAAUAGCUGACAUCUGAAAGUGGUUUUUGCUAUUAGAGAAAGUACCUCAAGUGCACUCCUUUCAUAAUGUAAUGUCUUAAGUGUAGUAGGGAGACGGGACUUUCAAGGACAUGCUAUCACUGUGGAUGCUACUUCAAAAGCAUAGAAGCUAUACAAUCCAUCUUCCUAACGCUUCAUAAUAACUAAUUACUUGUUAUCACAGACUUUUCAUGGAACCUAUUCUUAACAAGCCAGAUUAUUGCAGCAAGUUAUUCUAGGGGGGAAACUAUUUUUUUUAAUGUUGUGAUGGGAGUGUUUGCACCUUACGUUAAGUGUCCUGAGUGCUCAGUAUUGGGCAGGUUAUAAAUAAAUGGCUUCAUUACAUCUUCACUAACAGGCAUUUUGCAAAAUGAGCCAAUUGCUGCCACAGACUUCAUUGGUAUAGAUUGAAUUAAGUGGUGUACAGUAUAGAUUCAAAGAUCUUAAGAGCUUCCAAAUGCCCUCACUGAAAGAAAAAAAGGGGGAGGGGGAGACAUUCUAUUGUGGUAUAAAUAGCCCAUUCCAAAAAUGUGACUAAAGAUUAUUAGUUAACCAAUCUGAAUCAACAGCCAUAAUUUAAGCAUUGCCUCACCAAGGUAGAGAUAUGCUAGUAAUUGUGGAAAUGGAAUGCUGAACUUCAGCAACAUUAUACCAGCUUUGCAACCAUAUUGGCACAAAAAGACAGGGUUUAAGUGCCUUAAGUGUGGAAUGAUAAUUUUAAUUCACAUUUCUGAUUGUAAGAACCGAGCCAAGUAUGGUACAGUAUAUUUAUCAGACUGAUCAACUGGGAACAGCUAGUGAUGUUGAUACUGGCUGUCUCCUUCAGAUGCUAAGCAUAAAUGAGGCUUUUAAUAAGGGCCAUGCCUACAAAGACACA